AUUUUCUUCAAUUUUUCCUCCUUACACUGUUCCUCUUCGUCACCAACCUUGCCAUCCAUCUUGCGCCUCACAUCAAUAAGGCUCGUGUUCAGACCUCGAACACCGGCGUGACUCAUUCACGCUAUAGCUUUAUUGAUGAAAAGCGCUACAAGGUGCGGUGCUGGGAUAAGUUUCUAUCUAUAAUUUCUAGAGACUUUUGCGUUUCCUACUUGUUUUUGGAUAGAUAGUUUAACUUGUCUUUCCACUGUACACGAUGCGUCCCCCUGACGAUACGACCGCUUCUACUGCCGCUGAGGUUUCGUUGUCGAACACUGUUCAGCACUCAGUGGCACUCGAGAAGGUUAGCAGUCAAGAAGCCGCUACGGAAUCAAAUCACCAAGAAGCUGGGGGGGCAUCAAACGCGCAGCAUACCCGAGAUCCAGAAAAGAAUGAGCCCACCGUCGAUGCCGCCACCGCGGACUUGGAGCAGGAGUAUCCUACCCCGUGGAAGUUGGUUCUCUUGACCAUCGCUCUCUGCAUGGCGAUGCUGAUUGUGUCUCUGGAUGGAACCAUUCUCGCUACCGCCAUCCCCCAUAUUACCAACGAGUUCAACUCACUUGACGAUGUGGCCUGGUACGGUAGCUCGUACCUCUUUGCCGUGUGCGCCUUACAGUUGAUGUACGGAAAAUUCUACAUUAUGUAUCCCGUGAAAUGGGUCUUCCUAGCAGGCGUCGUGAUUUUCGAAAUUGGUUCCCUCAUUGCCGCCGUUUCUCCCUCUUCGGCUGUCCUCAUCGCUGGACGAACGAUUUCCGGCGCAGGAGCGGCUGGUAUUUUCGCCGGGGCCAUCAUUAUCCUCGCCACUUCCGUUCCUCUGCGACAGCGUCCAUUGUAUACUGGUAUACUCUCAAGUUCCCAUGCAAUAGCGAGUGUCACCGGUCCGAUCUUGGGUGGCGCUUUUACCGAUCACGUAACAUGGAGGUGGUGCUUCUACAUCAAUCUUCCUCUCGGCGGCGUCGCUAUCUUUUUCCUAAUUCUCUUCCUGCCUGCCAAGCCUCCGACACAACCUGGCUUGCCAUGGAAAGAACAAAUCAAACAAUUCGAUCUUCCUGGAACAUUCUUCCUUAUUCCUUCAGUUAUAUCUCUACUACUUGCCUUACAAUGGGGCGGCGCGAAAUAUGCCUGGAGUGAUGGUCGCAUCAUUGCUCUAUUCGUUGUUUUUGGCGUUCUGGCGAUCAUUUUCUGGAUUAUUGAGCUUUGGCAGAAGGACCGCGCUACCGUCCCUUUGCGCAUCCUCAAGAACAAGAAUAUCAUAGGUGGCCUGUGGUAUGGCGUAUGCAUGGGUGCUGCGCUCUUCGUCUUCUCAUACUAUCUACCUAUUUGGUUCCAGGCAAUUAAGGGCGUGUCUGCUACCCAAUCUGGUAUUGACAACCUGCCUAGCAUCCUUGGAUUGGUUAUUUUCUCCAUCAUUGGUGGUGGUCUUGCGACUGCGCUUGGCCAAUUCACCCCCUUGCUUAUCGCUUCGUCGAUUAUCAGCGCUGUUGGCUCUGGCCUUCUCAGCACUUUGAAGGUCAAUUCUAACAUCGGACAUUGGUUCGGUUACCAAGUGUUGCUUGCAGCCGGUGCUGGCUUGGGCGCCCAAAACGUCAUGCUCGUCGCUCAAGUCGCCGUUCCAUUGGCCGAUAUGGCCAUGGCUACCUCGAUCUUGACUUUCACCCAGACGCUUUCAUCUUCCAUCUUUCUCGCUGUGGCUCAGAAUAUUUUCCAGAACCAGUUAAUCAAAAACCUGGCUGCGAAGGCUCCUGGUAUUGAUUCCGGCUCUGUCGUCAACGCCGGUGCCACCGCUCUUAGCGGCGAUGUCCCCGCUGAUCAGCGACCUGCUGUUUUGGAAGCGUAUAACGAAGCGCUUAUUCAAACCUUCUACGUCGCUGUUGCCACCAGCGCCCUGUCUAUUUUCGGACCGAUUUUCAUGGAUUGGAUUUCUCUGAAGCAACCAGAAAAGAAAGAUACCGAGAAAGUUCUUGAGGGUUCAUCUGUGGAUGGCAAUUCCGCCGAGCCAGAGAACAAGGAAGAAGGCUCAUAACAUUGGUGAACGGGCAUGCUCCUCAUAGAGUUAUGCUCCGUUGAUUUCGGUUCGCGAAUUUACCUAUAUAUGUCAUCUAUUCACUUUCAAUUUCUUUUUUAAUUUUUACUAUACUUACAAAAGUUUCAGAAUAGCAUAUUUUUCUUUACUAUAAAAAUAAUGUCACUAGAUGUACAUAGGCAAAAUGGUUCCAAUUUUUACAGGGGCCAAUCUACAACUACAACGGCACAAUUUGUUGCCAUAGACUGGGAAUUGGGAAG